AUGAAAAACUUGAGUAAAGCCAACGGCUUUCCGCUCUUGAAGGGCUCUAUUGAUCUUUUAUUACUUCUUCCACACUAUCUCGACAACAUUGAAGAUUUCAUUCACCUUUCGUCCAGUUGUAAAACUUUGCACAAUAUCUACACUGAACAUCCUCCAUUACCUGGAUUACUAUUUGAGCUGGCUGCUGCUUCUUCUCUGGAGAUUUUUGAACCCAAGCCUCAUUUCCUCAUCGCUGGUGUCGCACGUCAAAUUGGUGAAUGGGCUAUUCAGACACCCGAAAAUCGUACUGAGUUUCAUGAAUCCUUCAAAACAGAAGGAAUUUCUGGAUUGUUCGAGCUCUGCAAGAAGAGGGGAAAGUUGACCCUCGACGAGAUGCGCGACCUGUUUGAUCGGAAGUCUACUCUCAGUUCGCUUGUUUUCAUUCAUUUGAGACGUCGGAAUCGCGCAGUAUAUCACGAACGUACAGAAAUGUUACCCUAUUUACAAAUCGCAAUGUUUGGAGGUUUAUUCGCUGCUAGCGUACGCAAUUUUUGCGAGCCAGGAGUUGCGAAUCCAUUGCACACAAGCAUUAGAUUAGACUGGUGGGUGAAGUGCUGCCCAGAUGCUUCGUGUUUUGAUAGCUGGGAUAUAAUCCAUGCACAGCCCUCUUCGAUCGGAAUUCGUCAUAUGUACAAAAUAAUGAAAGUGCUCCAAAUUACCACGAUGCUUCAAGAAUCCACUCUAAUCUCAAUGAUGAAGCGAAUUCCCAAAUGCUUCGUCACUUCAGCAGAGGAAUGUAGAGAUAUCUCCUAUGAUAAUAGUUAUCACGAAAGAAACUCCGUUUUCUCUGGUCUUAUUUUCCUGCAGGGCUGGGAUUCACUGGACUUGAUGUAUCAAGUUCAGAUGAGGACACAUUCACUCAACACACAAGCGGCAGUUAAAGCUGCAAUUAUUGCCUUUCGAAUGGAACAUAGUCAAGUCACUAAUUUCAAAGAAAUACGUGAUGCCACGAUGAACAAUACUUGUCAGGACUUGGGUACCGUAGUGAGCAUUGAGCUCGAUACGCGCUUCGUUUGCGAACGUGACCUCUUGGGCUAA